GUGGGCUGGUCCUGGCCGCGGGUGGACCCUCCCCACUCGGCUCCGCUCGGAUCUUCCUGCGGCGUGGUGUGUGCGCCCAGGUAGGUCCUCCGCACUCUGAUUCCAGUACUGGCUCGAGUGCCCUGUAGAGCCGUUGACUUUCCUGAGUCUGAAACCGGCUCCCUGCAACCGGCGCUUUGGGGUUCACAGGACCGGGUUGGCGCCCAAAUCAUAGAAAAGGGUUGGGAAAAAGUCUCUAACGGGACAGAUGUGCGUCGUCUGACGCCCACCCUACGAAUCCCAUGCCAGACGCACUGGUGGUGGUUCCAAGCUCAGGAUGUGGGGCGGGUAACGUGCCGCCCUAAGACGGGACCUCAGGGUCUAGAUCUCCAAUGGCCACACGCACCCCUGACCUGGAUGCGAACACCCUCAUUCUUUAACUGCCGCGCCACUCUAGCGCCUCUCUACCCUCCCUUGAGAAGCCCCCGACUGCAGAAAGAUAAACCUUCAAGUUUUCGCUCCGCGUCUCAAAUGUGCAUGAAGGAAUUUAACUGCACGAGUGAAUAACAGCAUUAGUUUCAAUUAAUUUUUUUUUUAAAUCCCGGCAACAAUAAACUUUGAGAACAAAAGCGCUUUUACGUCCUUAAUUAGGCGAGCUUCCCAUCUGUGGUCUUGAAGUGUCUGCCUCUUGAUUUAACUUUGUCUCCGCCCCCACCGCACUCCCUCCCACCCCUUCCUCUCUGGGCCCUUCGGGUACCUUGGCCACCCCGCCCCUCGGGGUCCGAGGUUUGGCUCUGCCGAUUCCUGUAGCCCCGAAGUUCACACCCGCCAGCAGGGCUCUGCGGCCCGGGCUGGCGCGCACCAGGUGGCCCCGCCGCGUCUCUCCUAGUCCACCCCUGGACAGUCCUGCCGGCCCCCCUGGCACUUGUCGCCUCGGGCAGGCGCCCAGGGCGUAGAGCUGGAGGGAACUCGAGAGGCGCCUUCUGUUUACCUUUUAUGGUUAAAAUAACAGCUUAGCAAAGAAGCGACUUCACGAAGAAGCGAUUUAGUAAAAUCGUCUCAAGCUGCCGCAGCUCAGCCAGUUUAAUCACCCCCAGAGAGCUGAACAACUGCGUGCACAAUGGGACACAAAAUCAUUUUAGCCAGUGGCCGUGGUCCACCCCAGAUGCGUUUGUCGGAGGGUCAGUGGAGAUUCGGGUCAAGGCGUAAGGCCUGGGGCUUCCAAUGAUACUCUGGGCAGGGAUGGAAGCCUAGAUGCCUCACCGCAAGGAGCGGCCGAGCGGGUCCUCGCUUAACACACACGGCAGCAGCGGCACCUCGGAGGGAGGAACUAUGUCCCGGCUGUCACUUACUCGGUCGCCUGUGUCUCCCCUGGCUGCCCAGGGAAUCCCAUUACCAGCUCAGCUCACCAAAGCCAACGCACCUGUGCACAUCGACGUGGGCGGUCACAUGUACACAAGCAGCCUGGCCACACUCACCAAGUACCCUGACUCCAGGAUAAGCCGCCUCUUCAACGGCACGGAGCCCAUUGUCCUAGACAGUCUCAAGCAACAUUAUUUCAUCGACCGGGAUGGGGAGAUUUUCCGCUACAUCCUGAGUUUCCUGCGGACGUCGAAACUGCUGCUUCCGGAUGACUUCAAGGACUUCAACCUGCUGUAUGAGGAGGCGAGGUACUACCAGUUACAGCCCAUGGUGCGGGAGCUGGAGCGCUGGCAGCAAGAAGAGGAGCAGCGACGUCGCAGCCGGGCCUGUGACUGCUUGGUGGUACGGGUCACCCCUGACCUGGGUGAGCGUAUCGCACUCAGCGGGGAGAAGGCUCUCAUUGAGGAGGUCUUCCCAGAGACCGGAGACGUCAUGUGCAACUCCGUCAACGCUGGCUGGAACCAGGACCCCACGCACGUCAUCCGCUUCCCCCUCAAUGGCUACUGUCGGCUCAACUCCGUGCAGGUCCUGGAAAGGCUGUUUCAGAGGGGUUUCAGCGUGGCUGCGUCCUGCGGGGGCGGUGUAGACUCCUCUCAGUUCAGCGAGUACGUCCUCUGCCGCGAGGAGCGGCGACCGCAGCCCACCCCAACUGCCGUCCGGAUAAAGCAAGAACCCCUGGACUAAGGCCCUGCUUCGGUGGCCGCCUGAGACCCGCCCCCCCAUACUGCUGAGGAGCCCCUGCCUGUUUGUGACUGAGGGUGGGAACGGAGGGUCUGAGCUCAUCCCUGGGAAUGCCAGGUGUCGCAUGGCAACAGAAUGGCGGGGUUGCCGGAGGCGGGGUGCCCGCGGAAGGACUGUUGGUGCAGCCCGGAGAUGCUGCCGCUGCAACUAUGCGGCAGGCUUCCGAGCCCUUCUGCUCCUCAGCCUGGUACAGCGUUCCUCCGCUGGGCCAGUCACUCCAGAGCCGCUGUUCAUCCUCUGCGCUUGGCAGACGUCAUCGGCAGGUCUCCUCGCGUUGGAGGUGGCUUAUUUUUCUACAGUAUUUAAAGCAGAACUAACUGUCGCUGCACAGGUCAGCAAGGCCGACGAGGACCAUCAUUGCUCCUACCUGGUGCUCAGUUCUCAGUCCAAUGUUCAGUUCAGCAAACCUUGCAGAAGGAUGGGCUGCCGGCAUCCCGGCCCAGGUUCCUGCUGAGUUGGGGCUGUGGUGGUGG